GGGCGGCAGUGCGCCGUUGCUAUAAUGGGUAUGCAGUAAAUGACGACGACGACCAAGACCAUAAACAGGAAGCCACAAAGACGAGCAGGUUGUGUUUUUUUAGUUUGUCGUUUUAUCGUCAUUAAUCCUUCGGACAUUCACAAAAAGUCAACAUGGGGAAGCGACAGCACCAAAAAGACAAAAUGUACAUCACGUGUACAGAGUACACACACUUCUAUGGAGGGAAGCGAGCAGAAAUCCCACAGGCAAACUUCAGACGACUUCCAUUUGACCAUUGCAGCUUGUCCCUUCAACCAUUUGAGUAUCCUGUCUGCACUGAGGAGGGAGUUGUCUUUGACCUGCUGAGCAUUGUCCCAUGGAUCAAGAAGUAUGGUACUAAUCCAGCCUCUGGAGAGAAACUGGAAGCAAAGUCUCUGAUCAAACUGAACAUUGCCAAGAACAACGAUGGAAAGUAUCAUUGCCCUGUUCUGUACAACGUCUUUACAAAUAACUCUCACAUUGUUGCCAACAAGGUCACCGGCAACGUGUUUUCUUAUGAGGCCGUUGAGCAACUCAACAUUAAGACCAAAAGCUUUAAAGAUCUGCUGACCGAUGAACCCUUUACCAGAAAGGACAUUAUAAUACUUCAGGACCCCACAAACCUGGAUAAAUUCAAUGUUUCCAACUUUUUCCACGUAAUAAACAACAUGAAAGUGUUGGACCCGGAUGAGGAAAAAGCCAAGCUGGACCCAUCAUACCACCUGAAGACCACCAAUCUCGAGACCAGAGAAACCUUAGCUGAGCUGUACAAAGACUACAAGGGAGAUCAGCUCUUGGCUUCCACCAUGAAGGAGCCAGAAGCCAAGAAGACAGAUAAAUUUAACGCUGCCCACUACUCUACAGGCAGAGUUUCCGCCUCCUUCACAUCUACAGCCAUGACUCCUGCAACAGCACACGAAGCAGAUGCCAUUGCAGACGACACCGUGCGUUACCAGUAUGUGAAGAAAAAAGGCUACGUCCGUCUGCACACAAACAAGGGAGACCUGAAUCUUGAGCUACACUGUGAUAAGGUUCCCAAAGCUGGUGAGAAUUUCAUCCGUCUGUGUAAAAAAGGAUACUAUGAUGGGACAAUCUUCCACAGGUCCAUCAGGAAUUUUAUGAUUCAAGGAGGGGACCCAACUGGCACCGGCACAGGAGGGGAAUCCUUCUGGGGAAAACCUUUCAAGGAUGAAUUUCGGCCCAACCUAUCCCAUACUGGCCGGGGGGUUCUCAGCAUGGCAAAUUCUGGUCCAAACACCAACAAGUCCCAGUUCUUCAUCACGUUCCGGUCAUGCACCUACCUUGACAGAAAGCACACAGUAUUUGGAAGGAUUGUUGGUGGAUUUGAGGCACUCACGGCUAUGGAGAAUGUAGAGAGUGAUCCUAAAACAGACAAACCAAAGUCAGAGAUCAAGAUCAUAAGUGCGAGUGUGUUUGUGGACCCAUACGAAGAGGCCGACGCUCAGAUUGCAGCCGAGCGAGAAAAGGAGCUUCAGAAGCAGGAGGAGGAGAAGCAGCAGAGCAGCAUCGCCCUGAAGAAAGCCAAGGAGGAGCAGGCGCCAAAGACCUUCAAAGCAGGUGUAGGGAAAUACAUCAACCCUGCCACAAUAAAACGGCCGGCUGUUGAUGAUGAAAGCGGACCAUCCACUAGCGGCACAGCAGCCAAGAAGUCCAAAGGCAGGAGCACCCUUGGAGACUUCAGCUCCUGGUAGCAUCGGCACAUUCAGCAUCAACCAGUCUGUAUUUUUACAGGUUAAGCAUGAGCAAAAUUAUUUUCACAUACAUAUACUCAUUUAAUUGUCUAUUAUCUCUAGUAGCGUUGUAGUCAUGUGAAACGAGAAAUUAAAGUUACUUUUUUCAAAGA